CGCACACGGUGACAUAACACUGGGAGUCAUGUUAUAGAUCUGUAACGAUUUAUCGCUUGAGUACCAAUGCGUGGAACAUAAACCAAACAGAAAAUGACCAAGAAGGCAAUUAUAACCGUCCUAUCUCUGUUAAGUAGUGUUCUUCUUGGUGUUCAAGGGGAAUGUCCGCAGUGCGUACUUCAAAAGCCCAUACAGUAUAUAUGCGGUUCAGAUGGACACUUUUAUAGCAGUAUCUGCGAGGUGAACAGAGCAGCAUGCUUGUUAGGGAUUGAUAUUAAACCACUUUAUAAGGGAAAGUGUACAAAAGGUGGWCUGCACGUCAGCCUUAGCCAUGAGACGUAUCAAAACAUUACCGCGGGAUCCCCUGGUAAAAUAACAUGUAAUUUUAUCGGCAAACCUGAAUCUGUYCAGUGGUCCAGACAAGGGUCUUCAAUUCGAGGUUCCAAUACUAAAGCACAAGGAAAUUCAUUAAUAUUUAUUCAUCCAAGAAAAAAAGACGCUGGGACUUACAUAUGUCAAGCGUUUGACAAACGAGGCAAACAGAUUAGUGCAAAAGUUUACGUAGAUAUUAUUGGACAAAAGAUUGUCAAACCACCCACGGAGCAUCGAAGGCUGCUAUGCAAAGAACCUUCAUCUUUUGGAGACUGUAAUAAGUACCUUGUACGAUGGUAYUACGACGAAAAGGAACAAAACUGCAAACCCUUUGUUUACAGUGGCUGCGGUGGCAACCAGAACAGAUUCAAAAGCGAGUCGACCUGCAAAGGAUUCUGUAUGCAAAAAGCUCCACCAAAAUCCCGAGUCUGUCCUGAAUCAAGUCAGUCGUGUCCUCUAGUAGUUCAGCAUCAAUGUGGCGAUGACAAUGAUUGUCAGUAUGGUCUUAACUGCUGCAUUCACAACUGCGUACGACAGUGUAUUUCAUCCGUUAUACCAGAAAAACCAGGUCAAUGCCCCAUGCCUACUAACGAUACCAUCGACUGUGGUAAGACGUUAGACGAUGAGUGCCUUAGUGACAUGGACUGYCAUGGCGAAGAGAAAUGCUGUAUAUGGGCACAUGGAUGUGAACGRGUCUGCAUGCCUCCAGAGAAACAGGUUAAAAAAUGCAAAGCAGUCAUCGAUCUUGGAUUCUUGUUGGACGCAUCAGGAAGCAUUCGUCCUCAAGUAUGGCCAGAUAUUAUCAGCUUUGUAAAGAAAGUUCUMGACCGRUUUGAGGUUUCRCAAGACGGAACACACGUUGGCGCGAUCACUUAUUCCUCAACCACUGAACUCCAUUUCCGAUUCAAUACAGUCAAGGGAAAACAUUAUCUCAAAGAAGUCCAGAACCUGUUGAAUGACAUGACACGCUUGAAUGGCUUUACGUUCCCAUAUAAGGCAUUGGGAUUAGCCAAUCAGGAGCUUUUUUCGUCACGUGGAGGRAUGAGAAAAGAGUCUAAAAAGGUAGCAAUAGUUGUUAUCCAUGGAAAACAGACCACCAGCAAAGGUCCUGUAGUCCCACUCAAACAAGCAUCAAAACCAUUGAAGGACAGGAACAUCCAAAUAUGGGCAAUUGGUGUCGGACGCGAUGCYAGUCGACAAGAACUCUUGGACUUGGCUUCAAGUCCAUCGAACGUGCUCACUAUUAGAUCAUUUGGAGAUAUCUUUGGUGUUAUUGACAAAAUGACUGAACGAAUUUGCAAUGAAAGUGGUCCAACAGCAUGCCAGAAAGCUUACCAAGAAGCUCUAAGAAGAAAUGAGACGAUAUUGCCGCGAUGCUUAGAUGAUGGCAGCUAUAGCAAAACCCAAUGCAAUCGCUUCUUUUGCUAUUGUGUGGACGCAAAUGGUGUGAAGAUCCCAGGAAGUGAGACCAGGAUUGAAGCUGGAAAACCAAGAUGUCUGGAAAAAGAUAAGCUUACACCAUGCCAGAAAACCUACGCUCGAGCCAUUGUCAACCCUUCUCUUGGACAACAUAUCCCAAGAUGCAAAGCAAACGGUAUGUACGAGGAAGUACAGUGCGAGGGAAAGUCACGUGAAUGCUGGUGCGUCGAUAAGUCUGGUCAGMGGYUACCUGGCACCAAUACAACAUCAACUCUACAAUGUCCAUCACACGAAGAUUCAGAUGCCCUAACGCCAUGCCAAAGGCGUUACUUCGAAGCGUCACGCAAUCCAGGCUCAGAUCAAUAUAUCCCGUGGUGCACUAAGGAGGGAAAAUAUAGAUGGCAUCAGUGUCAUCAAUCUUACUGUUUCUGUGUUAAUAAAAAUGGGGACGAGRUUCCUGGGACGAGAAUGAGAACUGAAGCUGGACGACUGAACUGCACAGCCAAAGGAGCACAUCUAACACCAUGUCAACGGCAACUUAUACAAUACGGUGGUCGAUACUWCUAUCCUGGUCGGUACUCUCCUACCUGUAAACGGGACGGUCGAUAUGAGGAGGUUCAGUGCCAUCCAUCCAUUGGAAUUUGUUGGUGCGUCGAUUCCAAUGGAUUGGAGAUAAGUGGAACGCGUUCAUGGGGAAGUAUAAGCUGCACCAAACCAAAAAAACCRUUGACUUUAUGUCAGACGCGCUAUCAAGAGUUACAACGUAAACGUAUCGAGGGUAGUCAUUCMCCAUGGUGUAACGAAAAAGGAGAGUUUGAACCGAUGCAGUGCUUUGGUCCAGAGUGUUUUUGUGUUGAUAAUAAAGGUGCUACGAUUGAAGGAACAUAUGUCAGUAUUACACAGGGAAGACCAGACUGCAACCAGCCAACAAAAGCUCUGAAAAGAAGYAAAUGUCAAAUAACAAGUGCAUCAGAUGUUUCCCAGUAUCGAACGUUCAAUCAUAAGUGCACGUGGUCUGGUGAUUUCGAACAAAUUCAGUGCGACUCGUCAUCACGUCAAUGUUGGUGCGUCCAUCAAGAUGGUAGUGAAAUGCCAAGAACAAGAACCACAUCCGUUUUCAGAUGUCCCACAAUAGGUAUAAACCUCUCCCUCCCCUCCCCUCAUGAAUAAUCAAGAUCAGUUACA